CAUCUCGCGAGAUUUUGACCUCAGUAACGCUGUACGUGGCUGGGUGGUUCAGGAAUAAAAACAAUCACAAUCAGGUUUUAAAUAUAUCCAUCGUUAAUGACCGCAAACAAAAGGCAGAGUUAAUGACGUAUGGAGAUAUAUGUUUUUACAAAUAGUGCUUGUGUUGUAAUGUUUAUUUAGAAUUGUUUGGCCAGCCGGCUGUAACAGCAGCUGUAAAAGGAGAGUUUGUUGCAGCCUGCCAGCGAGUAAUGGCGGAGAGUAUUUCUUCUGGUGACUUCUCUGUCCUUCCUCCGCCAAGGACUCGUAUCUUCAAGAUCAUCGUGAUCGGGGACUCGGGGGUCGGGAAGACCUGCCUCACCUACCGCUUCUGUGCCGGCAAGUUCCCGGAGAAGACCGAGGCCACGAUCGGGGUGGACUUCAGAGAGCGGCUGGUGGACAUUGACGGCGAGAAGAUCAAGAUCCAGCUGUGGGACACAGCGGGCCAGGAGCGUUUCAGGAAGUCCAUGGUGCAGCACUACUACCGCAACGUGCACGCAGUAGUCUUCGUAUACGACAUCACCAAUGCUGCUAGUUUCCGCAGCCUCCCAGCGUGGAUUGAGGAGUGCAAGCAGCAUGCUUUGGGAACGGAGGUGCCCAGGAUCCUGGUGGGGAACAAGUGUGAUCUCCGAGACGGCGUGCAAGUGGGAACAGACGUGGCCCAACAGUUUGCGGACUCUCACUCCAUGCCGUUGUUCGAGACCUCGGCUAAGAACCCCAACAGCCAGGGGGGCUUGAGCACGGGAAACAGUGACCACGUGGAGGCCAUUUUCAUGACGGUGGCUCACAAGCUGAAGUCCCAGAAGCCUCUGGUGUUGAGCCAGCCUCCUGUGGGAUCAGGAAGCAGCAUCAAACUGAGCUGCAGAAGCGAGGAUGGAUCUGAUGUGUCGCAAGGAUGGACCUGCAGCAGCUGCUGAUUUGAUGGACACGACUCAACAAGACAAUCUUGAGGACGUAGACUUCUUCUUUAAAGCCAUAAAACAUGCCGGACAUUGUGUUGUUGUUUGGGGAGAACUUGUUUAUGUUGAAGUGAGAAGAGUGUGACAACAUGGUCAUAAAUCAAUUCAAACUGUGACUUGGGCUCUUUGGCCUCUGACAAGCUUUAAAACAUUCACUUCUUCCUCCUUUCUGACCGGACUGUAAGACACAGUACACGUCAGCCAACCAUCUUCUGCUUCUUACUAAAAAAGUGCCCACAGAGGUUGGAUUCCACCACAGUAAUUAACAAAACAUACACAUUUAAUUUCCUUUUUAGAUUGUUAGUCCAAAGAUAGUUUUCUCGUCAUUGUAGUCAAGACAAAGCCUUCCAAUUAGGUGCCAGAAGUUAUCAGUUUGCAUGCUAUUUUGUCUUCAGUUUUAAGAUUUUUUUUAUCUUGAUUGAAGGGAGCUUCAGUUUGUUUACACUAGUUAUUCCUGCAUCAUACAGAUUGAUGCAACAAUAUUUUUUAUUGGCAUGUGGUUAUUUAUUAUAAGAACAAAAGCUUUAUUUUUUUCAGUUUUGUUGCUCUGCAUUGCUGUACGGUAUAUAUAUUGUAUGUACAUGAUUUGUAAUUAACAUUGAGGAAUAAAUGCAAGAAUCCCAAGUAAUUUAAAAUAAUAAAAUAAAAACUGUUAAAUAAUGAGGUGCAAAUACACUGAGUAGCCUGAAAGGGCUGUUUGCAACCUUUACAUGGCUGCCUAAAAGGCGCUCAUUUUCCAAAGUGAGGUAAGCAUUAUAUUUUCCCUUCUUCCGGCUUUAAGCACCUUAACUAUGUUCCACGUAACACACACACACACACUAGAGCCCAAGGCUUUGUGUGAUUUUAAACAUAAUUUUUUGUGUGGCCCCAUUUCAGUCUUUACUAUUACUAGUAUAACACAUUAGGGCAGGGAUUCUCAAACUGUGGUAUAUUUGCCACUAGUGGUACGCGGGCUCCAUCGAGUGGUACGCCAAAGAAUCACUUGAUUGAAUAUAGGAAAAUAAAACACUGUACUUUAAACACAGUGUUACUGUUCAAACUGUGUAAUGUUACAGUGGCCUAAAGUAAUAAGUAUACUUAUUAAAUAAAGCCUCUGCCUUGUUUUUAAUGCAUACUUACGCUACUGUAUUUUAAUGUUGGUCAUUAUGGUGGUAUUUGGAGAGCAAAGUUUUUUCUGAGGUGGUACUUGGUGAAAAUAGUUUGAGAACUACUUGCACUAGGAGCUGUAGGGCUGACUGCAGCCUAUAGUGAGUAUUGUAAUACAGUGGUCCUUCUCCACAUUUUGUUUCAAAGUUGUAUAGCUCGUGACUAUGUGUGCGUUACAUUACCUCAUGUAUAGAUGGUUUUAAUGAUGCAAAACAUAUUUAGAAAGCCGUAAACAGAUUUUUUUAAUGCUUUAGCUACAAAGAUAUUCCAUUUAUAAUUAAUUCCUACUUUGCAGAUUUUAAUUUAUUACGGUAAACGAGGGUUUUGCUCUUAGUGACCAGAAGUAGAUUUGGAACCUAAAGUGUGUGCAUAAAAAACACAACCAACAAAAAUGCAGCACAGAUACUGUAUGUUUAGAAUUAGAUAUUAAGAAACAAUGUAUAAUUGUUCCACAAAAUAUGUAAAGAUUUGUAUUCGUAUUGGCAACACUAAAUUGAUCCUAGUGUGUGAAUGUUGUCCAUCUGUGUUGGCCCUGUGAUGAGGUAAUGACUUGUCCAGGGUGUACCCCGCCUUCCUCCCGAAUGCACCUGGGAUAGGCUCCCCCCGAAAGGGACACUGUAAAAAUGGAUAGAUGGGUAAAUAAUCAUGUAUGAACAAUAAACAAAAAGACUACAUUGACAACUACAAAUUCAAUAUGUUCAAUAGUCACAUGUUUAUAAAAAUGUAUACUGUAUGAAAAGGUACAAUAAUAGUUCAAUCAUAUUGCCUUCCGUAGUAUUCAGUAUCAUUGAAUGUAUAUUCUAUCGCAACAACAACAUGACUGCAAAUUAUUUGUUGCUGCUCUUGGACUGGUUUUGUGUAUGUGCGCGCUGUGUGUGUGUACGAGACGGCGGUGAGUGACAAGCCUGAUACAAGACAUUGAUACAACGUUGAUUAUACAUACAGGUCCUUUAAAAAUGAAUUUGAAACAGCGUUGUAAAAUAGUUGUAUUUGUAAAUUGACUUGUCUAUGUUCUCAGUUCUCAUUCAUCCAGGUCAUUGUUAUCUAAGGGCAUUCAAUCGAUUGCAACUGGACUGUUUGGUAUUUCUUAGAAGACGUAUCGCCUCUCAUCCGAGUAGGCUUCAUCAGUUGGUGCUCAUAGACUUAGAUUGGUCACAUCAGUCCGACGAGAUGAAGCCUACUCGGAUGAGCGGCGAAACGUCUUCUAAGACUAACCAAACAGUCCAGUUGCGAUCGAUCGAAUGCCCUGAGGUAAAUUGAGUUGAUGUCAAACGUUGGAUUCACGUUUUUGGUUGGAAAAUGACCAAAAUUCAAUGGUCAAAUCAAUGUCAGAACCCAACAUUGAUUAAACAUUGUCAAAAAGCAUGUUGUUUCAAAGUAUGUUUGAGUUGCUCAAUGUCAGGACCUAAUUCAACAAGUUCUCAACGUUUUAAUGUCUUGUGCCUGCUGGGAUUCGUCAGACCAACGAACAAUUUUUAAUCCCUCUAAUUGUCAAACAUACACAUUUAGAAAGUAUCUGUUAAACUACCAAUGGUAACAAACUAGCAGGUGGUGUUCUGUUAUAUAUUUUUUUGGUUGCAAGUUGCAAACAGCCUCUCUAAGUACUAACAGAAAUACAAAGAAUGAGUAAAGAAAAUAAUAAUGAAUGCAGGAAUAAAAGAUAACAGCCAUUGAAACUCCCCUUUGGUU